UCUUCCCUGCGCGCUCACCACACAAAACAGCAUAACCCAAUAUGGAAAAGUUGAUCUUUAUCGUCCUCCUUGCAGCAACAUUCCGGGCGAGCGGUGGCGAGACCUCUGCCGAUGUGUUCUCCGCUGCCCCGAACGUGUCCUUCACUGCCUCGACCUUCCCCACAGGUAACGUGACCUUCACCACCGUGACCUCCGCCGCCACAGCGAUCCCAAGGUUUAGCUCCGCGACAAGCCCAGCACCGCCUGCCGUCACCGUGACGCCUCAAGUGGAGAAGAAGACUAAAGACGAGGAGGAGAAGGCAAAAGUUGCAGCAGUUCCUCCAGCUUGUCCUCCUUUGGGUCUGGAGUCCCUGAAGGUGGAUGACACCCAAAUCCAGGCGUCCUCCUUCCAGAGGUUCGGUCUGGGUCCUCACAGGGGACGGCUCAACAUUCAGUCGGGAAUCGAGGAUGGAGACUUGUACGAUGGUGCCUGGUGCGCGGAGUACAGGGACCGCCACCAGUGGCUGGAAGUGGACGCCCUGCACCCCACCCGCUUCACCGGAGUCAUCCUGCAGGGCCGCAACACCAUUUGGAGACGCGACUGGGUGACGAGCUACAAAGUGCAGCUGAGCAACGACUCGGUCCGCUGGGAGAGCAGCAUGAACGGGACGCGAGAAGCCAUCUUCGAAGGCAACGGCGACGGCGAGACUCCAGUGCUGGCUCUGUUUCCAGUCCCCGUGGUGGCGCGUUACAUCCGCAUCAACCCACAGACUUGGUACCCCGACGGAGACGUCUGCCUCAGAGCGGAAAUACUUGGAUGUCGGCUUCACGAAAGCUCCGAAAAAGAGGCCACUUCAAAAGACAGUCUGGAUUUCCGACACCACAACUACCAGGAGAUGAGAAAGGUGAUGAGAUCAGUAGCGGAAGAAUGUCCCAACAUCACGCGCAUCUACACCAUCGGGAAAAGCUACAUGGGCUUGAAGCUUUACGUCAUGGAGAUCUCGGAUAAUCCCGGCAAGCACGAACUCGGCGAGCCAGAGUUCCGCUACGUGGCCAACAUGCACGGAAACGAGGUCCUGGGUCGCGAACUGCUCCUCAACCUCAUGCAGUACCUGUGCCGCCAGUACAAGCGGGGCGACCGGCGCGUUCUCCGACUGGUCACCGAAACGCGCAUUCACCUCCUGCCCUCCAUGAACCCAGACGGAUACGAAGUGGCUUACAAUAAGGGCUCGGAGCUGGCCGGCUGGGGCGAGGGACGUUACACUUUUGAAGGAAUUGACCUGAAUCACAACUUCCCGGAUCUCAACACCAUCUUGUGGGAUGCGCAAGAGGUGGCCGAGGACCCGUCCAAAGUACCCAACCACUAUAUUCCUAUUCCAGAGUACUACACCAAAGAAGACGCCCUAGUGGCCCCGGAGACGCGCGCGGUGAUCAGCUGGAUGCAGGACAUCCCCUUUGUGCUGAGCGGCAACCUGCAUGGCGGCGAGCUGGUGGUGACGUAUCCGUACGACGGCACCGAGGGCUGGGCCCCGCAGGCCCACACGCCCACCCCAGAUAACGCCUUCUUCCGCUGGCUGGCCACCGUCUACGCCUCCAGCAACCCUGCCAUGGCCAACCCUGAGCGACGCCUGUGUCACUACGAGGACUUCCGCACUCGCAACAACAUCAUCAAUGGUGGAGCCUGGCACAACGUACCUGGAAGCAUGAACGACUUCAGCUAUCUGCACACCAACUGCAUGGAGGUGACGGUGGAGCUCUCUUGCGACAAGUUUCCCCACGCCAGCGAGCUCCCCGUCGAGUGGGAAAACAACAAGGAGUCCCUCCUUCUCUUCAUGGAGCAGAUCGAGCGAGGUCUCAAAGGAGUGGUCCGCGACAAGGACAGCAAGAAAGGAAUCCCCGACGCCAUCAUCAAGGUGGAGGACCAUGGGCACGACGUGCGAUCUGCCGCUGACGGCGACUACUGGCGCCUGCUGAACCCGGGCGACUACAAGGUGGAGGCGUGGGCGGAGGGCUACUUACCUGCUGUGCGCCACUGCCGCGUGGGCGUUGAGCGACGCGCCACCAUCUGCGACUUCAACCUGACGCAGACGCCUGCGCGGCGUCUACAGGAGAUCCGGGCCAAGGGGGGCCCGAUCCCGCAGGAUCUGCAGCUGCGCCUGCGGGCCCUGCGUCUGCGCAAGCUGCGCGCCAGCACCAAGGCUCAACCGAAGGCGAGAGGCCCAGAGAACGAGGCGAGAACGGAACGAUCCGACAACGGCUCUGUUGAGCUAAGAACUUUGAAUACCAGCGUCACGCAUUUUCCGUGUAACACUGGACCCAGUCAAGAGGGUGAUCAUUGCAUCAUAGAGGUCAACGAACCCUCACCUCAAACGGACUGGCCGUCAACUAGCAAUAAACUUUCAAGUCAUUGCAGAAGAAUAAAAAAAAAAACCCUUUCUUUGCCCCAACCAACAUGGCCUCUGGGUUGUGGCCAUGUUGGUAGGGGCAAUGUUCCCAUCAGUGUCUUCACUGCCACCCUCCCACUUCAAAUGGAAUGGACGUCGACUACUAGGGAUAAACUAAUGGCCGAAGCAUGAAAAAAACGAACAAAAAAACUUUCUUUGCCCCUACUAACAUGGCCUCAGGGCCAGUCCAUGUUGGACUUUCCCAUUAAAGUCAAUGCAUUGUCAUUCAGAUGAGGUCGUAACUAGAUUAUUUCCUUAUCCGAGUUUUUGUCAAAGCAUCUGCCACUCAUUCAUUGGCUGCCAUUGACGACGCUAAACGUCCAAUCCAUUUGAAGUGGGAAGCUACCAACGUUCUUUCAUACUAUUCUUUUUCUCGUAAUAUUAUAACCUUAUCCUCGUAAUACUAUGACGUAUGAUUCAAAUCUCGUAAUGCGGAUUCAAUCUUGAAAUGUCAGAGCUAAUUUUGUACUUUAACAAUUUUUUCUUGCGAUAUUACGACUUUAUUUUCAUAGUAUUACGAGGUAAGGUUGAAAUAUUGUUAUACUAGGAUUUAAAUCUUGUUGUAUUACUUUUUGCUGGUAACAUUACAAAUUUUCCCUUGUUAUAUUACAACUUUAAUCUUGUUUUUUUUCCCUGUGGCCCUCAUACUCCUUCAUACAAGGAUAGACGUCCAAUUUAUUUAAACUAAGGAGACUGACUCAUGUUUGAGUGCCAUUGACAGUGUUAGACGGCCAAAUUAUUUGAAUUCUUUUCUGUCCUAGAGUGGCCCUAAUAUUCCUUUUUCAACUGUAACAAAAUGUGUCAUUUUCCUUCACUCAAAGUGUCAGCUGGUCUGACUUAGAACGAGUUUGAAUAAAUGUGCCAUGACUGUA